CCGUGUGGAUCAGAGACUUGAACCAUGCUGAUGUUCCACCUGCACGUCUGCUGAGGUUAUAGACGUCUGGUCAGAUACCGUCCACAGGAAAGUCUCCGGCGCUGAGUAGAGAAGAGCUACGAGUCCCGCCGCCCCCGAGUGUCCUCAUGAAGGUCCUGAGCACCAGCAGCACCACUACUAAGUCUGCAGGUGGAGGAGGAAUGGAGGAGAGCGUGAUCGAGUUGCAGGUUAACGGUCACCAAGGCAACGGCAGCGUCCCCGCCCCGCAGUGCAAGCCGGAGCAGCCGAUUGAUCCGGCCGUCGGUAAGAAGAGUGUGUUUACAUUCAAACUGAAGCGAAGCUGCACACACACUGGUUUACCCACCAGACCCAAACUCAGGACACGCCUACUGUUUGGCCAGCCGCUGCCUCCGGACGCUAUCAUCCCCAAACCCAUCGCUGAUCUUCUCAUGCUGCUGUGGAGAAAAGCUUCGGGCACGGAGGGCGUGUUCCGGACGGCCUGUAACAGCAAGAACCUGAACGCGGUCCGAGAUCAGCUGGACUCCGGAGCCGAGGUGGACAUGGAGGCGCUACCUGUGACCCUCCUGGUGGGGUUAUUAAAGACGUUCCUCAGGGAGCUUCCUGGAAGCCUGCUGGUGUCUGAGCUCUUUGAGGAGUGGAUCGAAGCUCUGAAGGCAACGGAGACGCUGACUGAACUGAGAAGGAUGGUCUCGAAACUCCCCGAGGCGAACGGCGUCCUCCUGCAGCGCCUGCUGUGCCUGCUGCACCACAUCAUCCAGCACUCGGACAAGAACAGGAUGGACCCGUACAACAUGGCCAUCUGCAUCGGGCCCACGCUGCUGCAGCCCGCCGGCCCAGCGCUGGACGUCAGCUCGGUGGAGAAGGUGAACAGAUUAACUCAGUUCCUCAUCGAGAACUGCAUACAAAUCUUCGGGAAGCAGAUCCUGAAGCUGCUGGUGGAUCCGGAGGAGGAAGAGCUGGCUGAUAACUCAGAUGCCGCGUCCAUGCAGCACCACGACUCGGCGUACGACAGCACCGACCCCGACGGAGACGGAGAGAGCGGCGAGGCGACGGGGCGCUCGCCGGAGGACGAUCCUCACCCCGGAAUCCAGCGUUCGUGCAACCAUUCCCAUUCCUCAGAAUCCCUCUUUGAGCAUUUCGCCAAACCCUUCGACCGGCGCUGUUCCGAGCCCACCAUCUUCCCCUCAGCGGAUGUGACGAGCCACCGGUUCCUGGCGCGCAGCCACGACGACUGUUUUUCGCCCCGAGACUUCGCCGACCAGCCGCUGAAAAAGCAAAACUCGGACGACUCGUUCCUGCACCAGCAGAAUCGGCGGUGCCAACCUUCGCUCCGGAAAACCACCGGCAGCCUGAACCUGGACGUCCCGUUCAUCUCCAAAACCUCCUGCUCCUCGUCUUGCUCCUUGGAAAGCGCAAACUCCAGCGUUUCGGAGAACUCCGUGUUCGCCGGCUCUCCUUUGCCGUCCCCCUCCAGCCCUCGCAAAGAGCAGCCCGAGAGGAAUGCGUCUCUCAGCGUGAGGUCCAAAACGGAGACAGAACCACGCCGCUCAUUCGGCUUCAAGAGAGCCCGGAGUUUGGGAAGCUUCUCCAUCAACAGGGGGAGCUCAAAGAAAUCCGAGGCGCAGAAGGAUGCCGGAUUUCCGUGCGAGACGCUCCAGGAGGACUCCCAAAAUGAAACGGAGUCUGCAGAUGAGCCGGCGAGGCGUCAGCGCCCGCUCUCGGCCAUCGAGGUGUUCGAACACGUGGACAGUCGUGAACCGGGCAGGCCUCCUUCCUACGAGCAGUCGGUGACAACCGGAGUUCUGCACAACCCUGCGCAGUACCGAAGGAUGACCGUCAGGGACGCCAGAAAGGCUCGGCCCGUCUCUAUGAACGAUAACAUUCUGGACGCUUACCCCGUUAUCCAGUUCCCAGACCAGUUAAAAUACCCGAGCUGUGAUGCGGUGGCUCCGCAGCCGGGCUCGUUCCGGCAGAGGGCCAUGUCCGAGUCGGUGGGCUGCACCCGGGUCGAAAAACUCACCCGAAGGUGCAGCCAGCCCGUCUUCGAGGAGUUCGCCCAGGCAAAGGAGUCGUGCGUGUGAACAUUCCAGAUGCUCAGCUUUAAUUUAUUCUCUUCUCUUGGCCCUGCAGAAUUUAGGUCAAGGAUGCAGGAGAUUUAGAGGGGAACGGUUCACCCAGGUCCUCGUGAAGAACGAAAUCCUGGAGGUUUGCUCAGUUAAUGAACUUCUAGUCCAGUUGAAGAACCUGAGCUUGCCUGACUUGUUCUGUCAGAGAGACGUACGUGGAUCAGUUGGCUGUACCAGGAUCAAUAAGGUCUUCUGCACAAAGGAGUCGUGUGUGUGAACGUUUUGGAUGCUCAGCUUUAAUUUAUUCUCUUGGCCCUGCAGAAUUCAGGCCAAGGAUGUAGGAGAUUUGGGGGAGAACGGUUCACCCAGGUCUUCGUAAAGAACAAAAUCCUGGACGUUUGCUCAGUUAAUGAACUUCUAGUCCGGUUGAAGAACCUGAGCUUGCCUGGCUUGAUGGACGUACGUGGAUCAGUUGGCUGUACAAAGGAAUCGGGUGUGUGAAUAAUUCAGACGCUGUACGUUAUUUUCUCGGUGCACCUCUCUGUUUGUCUCGAAGCUAUUUAAAGUGCAAAUGUAAAAUUAUCACCAGUGUGAAGCUACGGACCUUCGCUCUUUCUUUAUCUGUUUUUUAUUGCCCCCUUUCGGCACUUUUCGUGAUACUUACGACACUUGUACAUUAGAUGUCCAGCUCUGAAAAACAAGUGUACAGAAUACGUGAGGAGCUCGGAGUAGAACCGCUGCUCCUCCACGUGGAGAGAAGCCAGUUGACGUGGUUCGGGCAUCUGAUAAGGAUGUCUCUUGGACGCCUCCCUUUGGAGGUAUGUCAGGCACGGCCGACUGGAAGGAGGCCCCGGGGGUCGACCCAGGACCUGCUGGAGGGAUUACAUCUCCCAGCUGGCAUGGGAACGCCUGGGAGAGAUGCCUGGGACUCUUUGCUUGUCCUGUUGCCACCGCGACCCUGAAUGGAUUCAGCAGAACAGAUGAUGAUGAAAAUGUUUAACCCAUUUUGUUGUUUUGUUAUUUAAUUCCCUUUAUUUAAAACACAAGAUGUGUGAAUUUAUACAUGAAAAUCUAUCAAGUUUUAGGUAUUAAUGCUGAACUCACAAGUAAAAUAGUUCACUGAACCACAACUCAUCCCCUGGUAAUCUUUCCUACCAUGCUAAAAUGAAAAGAGGUUAAAUACUCGUUCCGCUGACUGUAUACACGCAUUUCUGUGUUUGUUUUGUUUAUAUAUGUGUAUGUGUAUGUAUAUACAGUACGUAUAAUAUAUGUUCGCGUCUCACUUUCUGUCACUACAAUAAACUUC